CGCUUUGCCAGUCGUACGGCUGCGAAAGGCUCUGCGCAGGCGCGUUGUGUUGUUGUGGGGGCCAGCCGGUACUAUGGCGUGUGCCGUUGCGGCGCAUGCGCUGUGCGUCGGCCGGUCGCCGUGGCUAUAAUGGCGGCGGCCGUUGCUGCCGCUGGUCGCUGAGUCGCCGGCGGCCGCGGCCUUGGCGUGGGCCCCAUGAGGAGGAGGCAGGCGAGCGGCCAUGGGCUUGCUGAGCAGCAGGGCGUGGCGGGGCCGGCCGGCGGCGGCCGCCUCUGCCCCACGUGGCGAAGGUCCGGCGGGGGCUGUGGCGGCGGCGGGCCUGAGGGGCGUCGGAGGCCGAGGCGGGGCUGCCGUCGCCGCCAAGAGGAAGCGGGGCGACCUGGGCGCGUACCCGAGCGACACGGACAGCGACGACGAGAGCGAGAGGGAGGAGCGGCUGCUCAACACCCCGAGGAGGAAAAAAUUAAAAAGCACUUCCAAGUAUAUAUAUCAGACUUUAUUUCUAAAAGGUGAAAACAGUGAUAUUAAGAUUUGUGCUCUGGGAGAAGAAUGGAACUUGCACAAGAUAUACUUAUGUCAGUCUGGCUACUUUUCGAGUAUGUUCAGCGGUUCUUGGAGGGAAUCGGAAAUGGAUACAAUAGAAUUGGAAAUUCCUGAUCAGAAUAUUGAUGUAGAAGCCUUACAGGUAGCAUUUGGGUCACUUUAUCGAGAUGAAGUGUUAAUAAAUCCCAGCAGAGUCAUUGCACUCCUAGCAGCAGCCAGCAUGCUGCAAUUGGAUGGCUUAAUACAGCAAUGUGGUGAGACAAUGAAGGAAACAAUUAAUGCAAAAACUGUGUGCAGCUAUUAUAAUUCUGCAGGAACAUAUGGAUUAGAUUCCCUGAAAAAAAAGUGUCUUGAAUGGCUCUUAAACAACCUGAUGACACACCAGUGUGUGGAACUCGUCAAAGAACUCAGUAUAAACCUCAUGAAACAGCUGAUCAGUUCCUCUAACCUGUUUGUCAUGCAAGUGGAGAUGGAUGUGUACACUGCUCUGAAAAAGUGGAUGUUCCUUCAACUGGUGCCUUCUUGGAAUGGAUCUCUAAAGGACCUUUUAAAUGAAGCAGAUGUUUGGUUUUCCAAGCGUAAAAAAGAUUUUGGGGAUGGCAUCUCAUUCUUGGAAUCAGAACCAGGAAGUGCAUUUUUGGCAGUUUUCAGACACUUACGGCUGCAGUACAUAGUCAGCGAUCUGGCAUCAGCAAAAAUUGUUGAGCGAGAUGGUCUGAUACCUGCAGAAUGGCUGUCCUCUGUUUACAAACAGCAGUGGUUUGCCAUGCUCAGAGCAGAACAAGACAAUGACAUUGGGCCUCAAGAAAUUAAUAAGGACGAGCUGGAAGCAAAUAGCAUGCGGUGUGGCAGGAAACUUGCAAAGGAUGGCGACUAUUGUUGGCGAUGGACAGGUUUCAACUUUGGCUUUGAUCUGCUGGUGACUUACACCAACCGCUACAUCAUCUUCAAGCGUAACACUUUGAAUCAGCCGUGUAGUGGCUCAGUCAGCUUGCAGCCCCGGAGGAACAUUGCUUUCAGGUUGCGUCUGGCUUCUUUUGAUAGCAGUGGGAAGCUUAUUUGUAGCAGAACAGCAGGAUAUCAGAUAUUAACCCUUGAAAAAGACCAGGAACAGGUAGUGAUGAAUUUGGGCAGCCAACUGCUGGUUUUCCCUCUGUAUAUUUGCUGCAACUUCCUGUAUACGUCCCCAGAGAAAAAGACAGAGACUGAUGGACAGCUGGAUAACCUAGAAAGCUGAGUCUUGUUCUCAUGGCUUUUUUAUUUCAAGUGCCCUUGCUGCACAGAGAGAAAAAGUAAUAAAAUGGCCUUACACACUGUAGCAGAAGAAAUGCAGCUUCCACCCCUUAUCUGUACAUUCCUAUGCAUAUCUGAAAGGUUUCCAACACAAUUUGGCAUUUUCCCUGUGGCUCUUAAGAGAGCCCAAGGGAAGGCUACACUUGAGAAUCAUUACCAGUUUCUUGCCAGUUUCAGACAAGAUAAAAAUGCAGCUAACUAAACUGGACAUGUGAAGAGCACAUCCGUAAAAUCCAUGAUAAUUACAUGUGGGCUAACAUGUAGGGUAAUGCCUCUAGGUUUUGUUCUUCAGGCUGAACUUGCAAAUGCUAAGGGUCAGUUAUAGCCUUGAUAAAACUCCACUGCCUUCAGUGGUUGUGCACCAGGGUUCACCGUUACCCCUUUAUUUGUGCAAUUU